AUGUUGUGGUCCCUGUCGCGCGGCUUAGCGUGGCACAAACACAUCAUCAAGACCGUGCCAAUUAAGUUCCAGGAUGAGCAGUAUCGGGUGCAGAAUUUGGCAAGGCACCGCGAGGCAUUACAGGAAUAUGCGGCGGUCGUUGCAGAGUACGGCCACAAGGGAGAUGACAAGAAGAGCAAGACCGACAGCCCGCUACCCGUCAUGCCGCAACUGCGGAAGAUGGCCUUUGCAGCCGCGUCCAACCGGCUCUGUCGAUUGAACAACUUCUUCACUAUCCGCGUAGGAAAAGGCAACACGAGGGUCGAGACAAUUAAUGGAUGGCGAGACAAGGACCUCACCACAACCGACUAG